AUGGAAGAAGAGACAAAAGUCAUUUCAGAAGUUCCAGUGACAAAGGUUGUUGAAGAAGUGGAUGACAAAGAUGUUGACAUUAAGAAAACAAAUGGAGACUUGCCGGCUAAGGAAAUAGCCGAAGGAAAGAAAGACGAGGAAGAUAAUGCCUCGGAUGGAGAGUUCAUUAAAGUCGAGAAGGAAGAAAAUGUGGUUGACGAAACGUCCAACAAAACUGAAAGAAGCUCAGAUCCUCCUAGCAGAGAAUUUCUUGAAGCGCAAGAGAAGGUUCGGGAACUCGAGGUUGAAGUGAAAACACUCGCUGAAUCUUUGAAGACAUCUGAACAUGAAAACGCUGUGCUGAAGGGAGAGGUCUCGGAAACAAAAGAGAAAUUGAAAGAAAGUGUAAAGAAAACCGAAGAGCUUGAACUAAGUCACAAGAAAUUGCAAGAGCAGAUUGUUGAAGUCGAGAACAAGUACAAUCUGCAGGUCAGCACUCAUGAAGAGGCUCUGCAAAGUCAAGAAGUUAAGGAGAAAGAGCUUCUUCAGGUGAAGGAAGCAUUUGAUGAUCUGAACGUCAAGCUCGAAAGCUCCCGAAAGAAGAUGCAGGAAUUGGAGCAUGAGCUGCAAGUUUCUAAGGACGAGGCACAGAAGUUCGAGGAGCUGCAUAAGCAAAGCGUUUCGCAGGCUGAAUCCGAGGGAAACAAGGUGAUAGAAUUUGAGAGACUACUUCAAGAAGCGAAAUCGAGUGCGAAAGACACGGAAAAUGAGAUUGCUUCUCUGAAGGAAGAAUUGAAGGGAGUUAAUGAUAAGGUCGCUGAAAAGGAAAAGAUUGAAGAAGCACUUAAAACAACUGCAGCAGAACUCUCUACCAUCCAAGACGAGUUGGCACUCUCCAAAACACAAGUAUCGGAAGCUGAGCAAAGACUGUCUUCAAGGGACUUGCUAGUAGACGAGUUGACGAAGGAAUUAAGCGUGAUAAAAACUUCAGAAACACAGAUAAAAGAAGACUUGUCAGCACUUCAAAACCUAUUUGUUUCUACAAAGGAAGAGCUAAAAGAAAAAAGCUCCGAGUUGGAAAGUGCAAGGCUCAAGCUGCAGGAGGAGGAAACAUCAAGAGAAUCAAUUGAGGUUUCGUUCAAGAGCCAAGAAGCACAGUUUCUAUCGGUACAAGAGGAACUGACUAAGCUCAAUGAAGAAAAAAAGAGACUUGAGGAAACUUUUGAAGAUCUAACUGUUGAUGCGAAACACUUUAAGGAGUUGUCCACUGAUUUAGAGGCGAAACUAAAGCUUUCGGAGGAAAAUUUUAGUAAAACAGAUUCUCUUUUAUCUCAGGCCCUUUCGAACAAUUCAGAGCUGGAGCAGAAGGUGAAGUCUUUGGAAGACCUUCAUAGUGAAGCUGGAUCUGUCGCAGCUACUGCGACUCAAAGGAGUCUUGAGCUCGAGGGACAUGUUGAAGCUACAAAUGCAGCUGCAGAAGAGGCAAAAUCACAGCUACGAGAGCUCAAAACACGCUUCAUAACAGUAGAGCAGAAGAAUGUUGAGCUUGAGCAACAAUUAAAUUCAGUGCAAUUGAAAGCCAAUGAAGCUGAGAGAGACGUGACUGAAUAUUCCGAGAAAAUUUCUCAUCUCGAUGCUAAAUUGAAAGAGGCCGAGGAAGCGAAGAAUCUUCUUAAUGGCCUACUGCAGGAGCACACGGAUAAGGUAAGUCAGCUUGAAUCAGAUUUAAAUCAAUCAAUCAAGGAGAAAUCGCAAUUGGAGGAGGAGCUGAAGAUACUCACCGACAAAUGUUCUGAGCAUGAAGAUCGAGCUACCACAUACAAUCAACGUAGCCUAGAACUAGAAGAUUUAAUUCAGAGCUCUCAUUCAAAAUCGCAAAGCGCUGAAAAGAGAGUGAGUGAGUUGGAGUUGCUACUUGAAACCGAGAAAUACAGAAUUCAGGAACUUGAACAACAAACAAGCGCAUUAGAAAAGAAAUAUAGUGAGUCAGAAGAAAACUCCAAUAAACAUCUUGAAAAUGUAUCUUAUCUGACAUCAGAACUCGAUGUGUUUCAAGCACGAACCUCGAGCCUUGAAAGUACACUGGAAGAAGCGAAUGAAAGGGAAAAAGAGUUAAAAGCUUCGUUAAAUGCUGUAACGGAUGAAAGGGAAAAGUUAGAAGACUCUUUAAACAGUUUGAGCGAGAAGUUUUCCGAGGCAGAAAACCUAUUGGAAAUUGUGAGGGAUGAUUUAAAUCUCACCCAAGUUAAGUUGCAAAGCACUGAAAAUGAUCUCAAGGCUGCUGAAUUGAGAGAGAGCGAGAUAAGAGAAAAACUUAACGCUACCGAAGAAAAUCUUGUUGUAAAGGGAAGAGAUAUUGAGCAUACUACUGCCAGAAACUUAGAACUCGAAUCAUUACAUGAAUCUCUGACAAGAGAUUCUGAACAGAAGCUCCAAGAAGCUAUUGAAAAGUUCAACAGCAAAGAUUCCGAGGUUCAGUCUCUGCUUGAGAAAAUUAAGAUUUUGGAGGAGAGUAUUACGGGAGCCGGUGAACAGUCUGCAACUUUGAAGAGUGAACUUGAAGAGAGUUUGAGCAAACUCGCUUCUUUGAAAAGCGAAAAUGAAGAUUUGAAAACGAAAAUUAUUGAAGCUGAGAACAAGACUUCACAGUCAUUUUCUGAGAAUGAAUUACUGGUUGGAACAAACACUCAACUGAAAUCAAAGAUUGAUGAACUUCAGGAGUCAUUGAACAGCAUUCUAUCAGAGAAGGAAGUCACUGCUCAAGAACUUGUUUCGCAUAAGAGCUUAGUAGCUGAAUUGAAUGAUGUACAAUCAAAAUCUUCCGCUAUUCAUUCUGCCAAUGAAGCUCGCAUCGUGGAAUUAGAAUCCCAGUUACAAGAAGCCUUGCAGAAGCACACUGAGAAGGAAUCAGAAACCAAAGAAUUAGAAUCCCAGUUACAAGAAGCCUUGCAGAAGCACACUGAGAAGGAAUCAGAAACCAAAGAAUUAGAAUCCCAGUUACAAGAGGCCUUGCAGAAGCACACUGAGAAGGAAUCAGAAACCAAAGAAUUAGAAUUCCAGUUACAAGAAGCCUUGCAGAAGCACACUGAGAAGGAAUCAGAAACCAAAGAAUUAGAAUCCCAGUUACAAGAAGCCUUGCAGAAGCACACUGAGAAGGAAUCAGAAACCAAAGAAUUAGAAUCCCAGUUACAAGAAGCCUUGCAGAAGCACACUGAGAAGGAAUCAGAAACCAAAGAAUUAGAAUUCCAGUUACAAGAAGCCUUGCAGAAGCACACUGAGAAGGAAUCAGAAACCAAAGAAUUGAACGAGAAGCUGAAUACUCUUGAAGGACAGAUAAAGUUAUACGAAGAACAGGUGCUGGAAGCCGUUGCAACGUCUGAAACUCGUAAAGCUGAGCUUGAGGAGAAUCUCGUAAAAUUAAAGCAUCUUGAAACAGUUGUUGAGGAGCUACAAAACAAGUCACUCCACCAUGAAAAAGAAACCGCUGGAGCAAAGGAGGAAAAUUCAAAACUCGUUCAGGAAAUCGCUGUCUAUGAAUCCAAAUUAAGUGAUUUACAGUCAAAGCUCACUGCAGAAGUUGCCGAGAAGGACAAGAUAUUUAAUGAGACACUCUCAUUGAAGAACGCCGCCGAAGACUUAGUGACAAAGCUCAAUGAGGAAGUGCAGACAUUGAAGUCACAGAUAUCUUCGGUAAUAGACGAGAAGAACUUGCUCAAUGAGACUAAUCAGAACUUAAAGAAGCAACUCGAGUCUAUGAUACUUGAUCUUGAAGAGAAGUUGAAGGAGCAUCAGAAAAAUGAAGAGUCUUUGAGAUCUGAGGUUGAAACUCUCAAAGUUGAGGUUGCUGAGAAAUCCGUAUUGCAAAGUCAGCUCCAGGAAAUUGAAGCGCAACUCGUGAAAGCUGAAUCUAGACUACAUGAAGAGGUUGGAAGUGUUCAAGCUGCUGCUACUCAAAGAGAAGCUGAUUUGAGUUCAAAAUUUAAUGAUUAUGAACAAAAAGUCGAUGAAAUAAAUGUGCUGAAUGGAAAGGUUGUAGAACUUGAGAAAGAGUUGCAACUUGCACAGGCUGCUAUAGCUAAUCAGAAAGGAGCAGAAUCUCAGAAGUUGGAACUAGAGGAAGCCUUGAAGAAAUCUCUAGAAGAACAUGAAACUAAGAAAAAUGAAAUCUCUCUUCUACAAAAACAAGUACAAGAUUUUGAGCAGAAGUUGCAACAGGGUAGCGAGAAAAUCUCAGUCAAGGGUGAGGAGAGUGUUGGUAAAAAGGACGAGUUGGAAGUGAAAUCAAGAGACUUUAGCAUCUCGACUCCAACGAAAAGGAAGAGCAAGAAGAAGUCAGAAGCAACAACUGCUCAGGCAUCAUCUUCUCCGGCCGAGGCUCAAACUCAAACCGGACAGGACUCACCUUUCAUGAAUUUCAAGUUCAUCUUUGGAACUGCUAUUGUGUCCAUUAUCUUCGGCAUAAUUCUUGGGAAGCGUUAUUAA